AUGUUUAAGCAAUUACAUAUUAACAUUCCUUUUAUUGAUGCUUUAAUGCAAACUCCUUCUUAUUCUAAGUUUCUUAAGGAAAUUAUGUCUAAAAAGAAGAAGUUGGAAAAAUAUGAAACCAUUGCUUUGAGUGAGGAAUGUAGUGCUGUGAUUCAGAAAAAGCUUCCCCCUAAACUGAAAGACCCAGGAAGUUUUUCUAUCCCUUGCACUAUAGGUGAUAUUAAGUUUUCUAAAGCCUUGUGUGAUUUAGGUGCAAGUGUCUCUCUUAUGCCUUUAUCUAUUUGCAAGAAGUUAGGACUACAUAAUAUAAAAUCCACCACUGUCUCUUUGCAACUUGCUGAUAGAUCUAUCAAAUAUCAAAUAGGAAUACUAGAAAAUGUGCUAAUUAAAGUUGAUAAAUUUAUUAUUCCUGUUGAUUUUAUUAUUCUUGAUAUGGAUGAGGAUGUGGAGGUACCUAUUAUUUUAGGUAGACCUUUUUUGGCUACUGCUGGAGCUAUUAUAGAUGUUAAGAAUGGUACUCCUCCUAAGCUUAAGAAAGCAAAGGUAAGAAAAGUUUUUCCUCCAAUCAAGGAAUGUUUUUCAUGGAGGAAAAAGGGUGAAUUCAAAACAAAAGAUACCAGAGACUAUAAUGAAGAUAAGUCUCUUAUGCAUGUUACCUGCUACUGCAGCCCUCCUGCUGCUACUGUGUGUUGUUGCUACAUGCUGUUGUGUGCUGCUGUGUGCUGCUGUGUGCUGCUGCUACAAGCUACUGUAUCACCAUUAUCACAAGAGUAG